GCAGCAGCCGCAGCAGUAGGAGGCAUCCGCUGCCCAUGAGGGCCUGAUGGAAAACACAAAGGACCUGACUGAACACUCUUCACGGUCAGAGAGGAAAAGACGUGACUCAUUUGGGAUGUUUGAUGGUUAUGAUAGCUGCAGUGAGGAUACCAGUAGUAGCUCCAGCUCUGAUGAGAGUGAAGAGGAAGUUGCUCCUUUACCCUCCAGUCUCCCAAUUAUCAAGAACAAUGGGCAGGUCUACACAUAUCCCGAUGGCAAAUCUGGCAUGGCUACCUGUGAGAUGUGCGGGAUGGUUGGUGUCAGAGAUGCCUUUUAUUCUAAAACCAAGCGUUUUUGCAGUGUUUCCUGCUCAAGAAGUUACUCUUCGAACUCUAAGAAGGCCAGCAUUCUGGCCAGACUUCAGGGAAAACCUCCAACUAAGAAGGCUAAAGUUCUACAGAAACAACCUUUAGUUGCUAAAUUAGCUGCAUAUGCUCAAUACCAAGCAACGGUACAGAAUCAGUCAAAGACUAAAACAGCAUCUGUUCCAGUGGAAGGUUUCAACUGGGGUAACUACAUCAAUAGCAAUAGUCUCACAGCCGCUCCUGUUAACUGUUUUAAACACGCACCCAUGGGGACUUGCUGGGGCGACAUUUCAGAAGGUGUACGUGUAGAAGUCCCUAACACAGACUGCAGCCUACCUACCAAAGUCUUCUGGAUUGCUGGGAUUGUAAAAUUAGCAGGUUACAAUGCUUUACUAAGAUAUGAAGGCUUCGAAAACGAUUCAAGUCUUGACUUCUGGUGCAACAUUUGUGGUUCUGAUAUCCACCCAGUUGGUUGGUGUGCAACCAGUGGGAAACCUCUAGUACCACCUCGAACCAUUCAUCAUAAAUACACAAACUGGAAAGCUUUUCUAGUGAAAAGACUCACUGGUGCCAAAACUCUUCCCCCUGAUUUCUCUCAGAAGGUAUCAGAAAGUAUGCAGUAUCCUUUCAAACCUUCAAUGAGAGUAGAAGUUGUUGACAAAACACAUCUCUGCCGAACACGGGUAGCAGUUGUAGACAGUGUAAUUGGAGGCAGGUUAAGAUUAGUAUAUGAAGAAAGUGAAGACAAAACAGAUGAUUUCUGGUGCCAUAUGUACAGUCCUCUCAUCCAUCCCAUUGGUUGGUCUCGAAGUAUAGGACAUCGGUUCAAAAGAUCUGAUAUUGCCAAGAAACAGGACUCUCACUUUGAUGCACCCCCACAUUUAUUUGCUAAGGUAAAAGAAGUUGAAUCAAGUGGAGAAUGGUUCAAGGAGGGAAUGAAACUGGAAGCCAUAGAUCCAUUAAACCUUUCUGCAAUAUGUGUGGCAACGAUUAGAAAGGUAUUAGCAGAUGGAUAUCUUAUGAUUGGAAUUGAUGGCUCUGAGGCAGCGGAUGGGUCUGACUGGUUUUGUUACCAUGCUACUUCCCCUUCUAUAUUCCCAGUUGGUUUCUGUGAAAUUAACAUGAUAGAACUAACUCCACCCCGAGGUUAUGCAAAACUACCUUUCAAAUGGUUUGACUACCUCAGGGAAAUGGGUUCAGUAGCAGCUCCUGUGAAGCUCUUCAACAAGGAAGUUCCAAACCAUGGGUUUCAUGUUGCAAUGAAACUGGAGGCAGUAGAUCUCAUGGAACCUCGUCUAGUAUGUGUGGCCACAAUAACUCGUAUAAUCCAUCGUCUCCUGAGGAUACAUUUUGACGGCUGGGAAGAUGAAUAUGAUCAGUGGGUGGACUGUGAAUCUCCUGACCUCUAUCCUGUAGGAUGGUGUCAGCUAACUGGGUACCAACUACAGCCUCCUGCAUCACAGUCAUCAAGAGAUAGCCAGUCAAGUUCAUCAAAGCAGAAGAAAAAGUCAAAGUCACAACAGUACAAAGGACACAAAAAAAUAUCUUCACUGCAGCUGAAGGAGGAGUUACUAGAUGGAGAAGAAUACAGCUUUCUUCAAGGAGCAUCUGAUCAGGAAAGCAAUGGAUCUGCCAGCCACUACAUCAAGCAAGAACCCUAAAAGGCACUCUUUGAAGCCUGUAUAAAAAGAGCCUUUCUGCAAGACUGACAUUCCCAUUCUGAGGAUACAGUUGGACAGCUUCUACUAAGGGCACUUUGCUAAUUGGAGAUAAGAUUUCAACUGAGAAUUUUUG